AUGUCUUUCAAAGGGUCUACAUCUGCCAGGUUCGUCAAGAACAAGGUGCAGUUUCAGUACAAGAAUCGGGAAGCUGAGCCCAUAGACCCAAAUGUGGCCAACAACCCUAUGCUCAAUGAUGCCAUCCAGAAACGGGAGUUGGUAGAACGGAUCGAGGAAAUUGACUCGACCAUGGGCUUCGACAGGUUUGAGCACGGCGAAGCCGAAGGUGCCAAGCCAAGAAGGGGCUGGCUCAUCAACAUGCAUGCCACAACCAUUCCUAGUGACGACAUAGUGACAGGACACUCGGGAGUGGACUAUUACUUUCUCGACGAGGAAGGUGGCUCGUUCAAGGCCACCAUCCAGUUCGAUCCAUAUUUGUUUCUCGAAGUGGUUCCCAACAGAGAGGCAGAAGUGGAGGAAUGGGUCAAAAAAUACUUGGAGACGUGCAACAUAAAACAGAUCUCCAGAGUGGUCAAAGAAGACUUAGCAUUGCCCAACCACUUGGUGGGGAUCAAAAGAACCAUGGUCAAGUUGGUUUUUCACAACAUCCAGGAUCUUCUUGGGGCAAGAAGACUCUUGAAUCCUAUCAUCAAGGACAACAAGUUGAAACGCGACAACAGAGAUAUCUACAACGUCAUGAACUUCAACAACCUCAACAACAUCAAUGGAACCGAACUCCACAUGGAUCUCGACAAUAACGAAACCGAAAAUUACGGCGACGCGUCAGAGUUCAUCGACGAUAUCAGAGAAUACGAUGUGCCCUACCAUGUCCGUGUAUCAAUUGAUAUGGAUAUCAGAGUCGGAAAGUGGUAUAACGUCUACGCUAAGCACGGCGAGAUUACCCUAGAAGAAGAUAAGGAGAAGAUAGCGUUCGCUGACCCGGUAGUUUUGGCAUUCGAUAUUGAAACGACUAAAGCACCUUUGAAGUUUCCAGACGCUAAGGUCGAUCAAAUUAUGAUGAUUUCAUAUAUGAUUGACGGAGAGGGCUUCUUGAUCACAAAUAGAGAAAUCAUUUCGCAAGACAUAGAAGAUUUCGAGUAUACUCCUCGGCCUGAAUAUCCUGGUGUUUUCACGAUUUUUAACGAAGCAGACGAAAAACAUGUAUUGUUGAGGUUUUACGAACAUAUCAGGGACGCAAGACCAACCGUCAUUGCCACCUUUAAUGGUGACAGUUUUGACUGGCCGUUUGUGGAAAACAGAUCCAGAUUUCACGAUAUAGAUAUGUUUCAGGAAAUCGGGUUCGCAAAGGAUAACGAAGGUGAGUAUAAAUCUAAGUACUGUGUACACAUGGAUUGUUAUAGAUGGGUUAAAAGAGAUUCCUAUUUACCUCAAGGUUCACAAGGUUUGAAAGCAGUUACCACCUCGAAAUUGGGAUACAAUCCAACAGAGUUGGACCCCGAAUUAAUGACCCCUUAUGCCUACGAAAAACCCCAAGUACUUUCUGAAUAUUCCGUUUCUGAUGCUGUGGCCACCUACUACUUGUACUACAAGUACGUUCAUCCUUUCAUUUUCUCAUUGUGUACGAUUAUUCCCUUGAACCCAGAUGAAGUGUUAAGAAAGGGAACGGGUACAUUGUGUGAAAUGUUGUUACAGGUGCAAGCAUAUGAAAAAACUAUCUUGUUACCUAACAAGCAUACCGAGCCAAUCGAAAGAUUUUAUAAUGGUCAUUUGUUAGAGUCAGAAACAUAUGUCGGAGGUCACGUCGAAUCUUUGGAAGCAGGUGUCUUCAGAAGUGACCUCGAGACUGAUUUUAAAGUCGACCCUACAGCCAUUGAUGAGCUCUUGGGUAAUUUGGAGAAGUCGAUACGAUUUUGUAUCGAGGUAGAGAAUGGAAAGAAAAUGGAAGACAUUACCAACUAUGAUGAGGUGUAUAAUCAGAUCAAGCUGAGUUUAGAGGAGUUACGUGACAACCCUGUUAGAACAGAAACACCUUUAAUUUAUCAUGUUGAUGUGGCUUCAAUGUAUCCAAAUAUCAUGACUUCCAACAGACUUCAACCAGAUUCCAUGAAAAACGAAGAGGAUUGUGCUGCUUGUGAUUUCAACAGACCUGGUAAAAAUUGUGACCGUAGAUUGCCAUGGUCCUGGAGAGGUGAGUUUUAUCCUGCCGAAAUGAACGAGUAUAGUAUGAUCAAAAGAACUCUACAAAACGAAAGCUUUCCACCUUUAAAGCCAUGGUUACCUCAAAGAACUUUUGACGAAUUACCUUACACAGAACAAGCAGCUUUAAUCAAAAAGAGAUUAAGUGACUACUCGAGGAAAGUCUACCACAGGGUCAAGCAAACAGAAGUCGUGGAGAGAGAAGCUAUCAUCUGUCAAAGAGAAAAUCCAUUCUAUGUUGACACGGUCAGAUCUUUUAGGGAUCGUAGAUACGAGUUUAAAGGACUUGCAAAAGUUUGGAAGGGAAAAGCAUCAAAACUUGAUGAUAUCAUUGCCAAAGAUGAAGCAAAAAAGAUGGUUGUCUUGUAUGACUCCUUACAAUUAGCACACAAGGUCAUCUUGAAUUCAUUUUAUGGUUAUGUUAUGAGAAAGGGUUCGCGGUGGUAUUCAAUGGAAAUGGCUGGUGUUACUUGUUUAACAGGAGCUACUAUCAUUCAAAUGGCAAGAAAAUUAGUCGAGAGAAUUGGUAGACCAUUGGAAUUGGAUACUGACGGUAUUUGGUGUAUCUUACCAAAAUCCUUCCCCGAGAACUUCAAUUUAAAGUGUAAGGACGGUAAGAAGAUUUUCUUAGAAUAUCCAUGUUCUAUGUUAAAUUAUUUGGUUCACGAGGAUUUCACCAAUCAUCAGUAUCAAGAUUUGGUUGAUCCUGAAAACUUUAAGUAUAAGACAAGAUCUGACAACUCUAUUUUCUUCGAAGUGGAUGGUCCAUACAAGGCAAUGAUUUUGCCAACAUCCAAGGAAGAAGGAAAAGGGUUGAAAAAAAGAUAUGCCGUCUUCAAUGAAGAUGGUACAUUAGCAGAAUUGAAAGGUUUUGAGUUGAAGAGAAGAGGUGAAUUGAGAUUGAUCAAAAACUUUCAAUCCGACAUUUUCAAGUUGUUCUUAGAAGGCGAUACUCUUGAGGGCUGUUACCAAGCAGUGGCUACAGUUGCCAAUAAUUGGUUAGAUGUCUUGGAAACCAAAGGUGGUAUGCUUGAAGAUGAAGAUUUAAUUGAACUUAUUUGUGAAAACAGAUCAAUGUCCAAGAGUUUGGCCGAAUACGGUACUCAAAAAUCUACAAGUAUCACAACUGCUCGAAGAUUAGGAGAAUUCUUAGGGGAAGAAAUGGUCAAGGAUGCAGGUUUAGCCACUAAGUACAUUAUCAGUGCAAAGCCCUCAGGCUCUCCAGUCACUGAAAGGGCAAUUCCGGUGUCUAUUUUCUCCUCAGAUAAGAAGGAAUUUUUUCUCAAGAAAUGGCUAAAGGAUCCAAACUUACAAGAGUUUGGUCCUAGAGAUGUCAUUGAUUGGGACUAUUAUGCUGAAAGAUUAGCAUCUGUGGUGCAAAAGAUUAUUUCAAUCCCUGCAGCAUUGCAAAAUGUUAAGAAUCCAGUUCCAAGAGUUCCCCAUCCAGAUUGGUUGAAGAGGCAAAUCCUGAGAAGUGAAGAUACCAAGAGACAAACCUCUGUGACCAAUUUUUUCGGGAAGUCUUCGAAGAAGGAAUCGGUUGUCAAAGAUAUUGAAGAUUUCGGAGUGAUUGAAAGUAACGUUCCUCGUGCUAAAGUUAGUAAAGUUACAUCUAGAAAGAGAAAGAAUGGCCAACCAAACCAGGAUAUUCUAGACAAUGAAGAGGAGGAAAGAAAUAACGCAUUAUUGAAUGGCCCUUGCCCAUCCAUGACCGAAGAUUACGCGGGAUAUCUUCAGUAUCAAAAGGCCAAAUGGAGAGUUCAGGCCAAGAAUAGGGAAAGAAGAACCCAACUCUUUGGUGCUAAUUCCGAGUCAUCUCACAGAUCAACUGUUGGAGGAAUUUUAAAGAAGCAAGCUGAAAAUGUUGCUGGCUCAAAUUGGGAGAUUUUGGAAUACAAGCUUGAUCCCACAAAACCUGGUGAUAUAAAGGUUUAUGUGCUGGCCAAUAACAAAGUCCACAAGUUCACCUUCCAUGUGCCAAAAAAGAUAUAUGCUGCAUUCAAAAGUGAGCUUUCACCUAGAAAAUCCAUUUCUGGUUGUUCUAUCGAAAAGACUUCAGCUGUUUUACCAAAUGGUCAUGAUGGUUCCAACCUUUACAAAUUGACUAUGAGUGAAGGUGUAUUCAACGACGAGUUGGUUAACUUCAAUAGUUUGUUGCAGGACCCUAGUUUAUUGGGUCUAUAUGAGACCCAGAUUGGUUCCAUUGAUCGAGCUAUAAUUGAUUUGGGUAACACUGUCAGAUUUGAUGACACUAAGGUGGGGGCUUUAGGUAAAGGUUUGAAGAAUGGUUUCCAGAUCAAGGAUCUUAUUCAAGUAAACACUAACGAUUACCUCAAACGAUUUGACAUGGGUAUAGUAUACUUACUUCAUAUUGUCACAAACAGUUAUGAGUUUUUCACCGUUUUUAAGUCAUGGGAUAACUCUACAGAAUUGUUUGUCUUGAAACCUACUUCCAAUGCUCACGAAUUACCAGGGAAUUUGGAUAAGAUUUACAGGGAAAUCUACGAGAUGAAGAAGGACAGAUUGGGCAAGUUAUACAAUAUCAUCGACUAUCAGGACUUUAUGAGUUUUAACACACACUACUAUAGUGAGAGUGGAAAACUAUUCAAAAAAUUGAACCAAACUUUGGCCAAAAUUUAUGAGAGCAAGUCCAAGUCUCUAUUAGCCAUUCAAUCACCAUAUUGUAGCAAGAUCAUGAACAUUUUGAGUGCUACUGCUGAGUUCCCUACAAUCAAGAUGAAUAUCAGUGAAUUAUCUUUACCUGCUAUUGGUUGGGAGUCGUUAAUUUCGAAAAGAAUUAUUAACCAUUACUUUGUUUUAGCAUCAUGGAUCAAGAAUUUGAUUUCUUUGGCACAGUAUGGUAACAUCCCAUUAUGCAAUCUUCAAAUUGAAAAUGUGGGAUAUUUGAUUGAUAUUGAAUAUGCUAGAAGGUUAUCAACUAACAACAUUGUCUUAUGGUGGUCUUCAAACCCAUUACCUGAUCAUGGUGGAAUUGAGUUGGAUAAGGCAAACGAUUUCGAGAAUUUAGAUUUUCCAAACAUUAACAAUCCCGAGAUUUACGAAACUGCCUGUCUAGAAGUGGAAAUCGGCACAUUGACUAUAAAUACAAUUCUCACGAGUAGUAUUAUCAAUGAAGCGGAAGGAACAGAUCUUGCAGAUGAUGCAAUGCAUUUUGACAAGAAUAAUGGAGCGUCUAUUAUGGCAGAGGAUUCAUUCUCUAAUCCUGCGUUGAUGAUAUUGAGGUCAAUGGUUAAGGAUUGGUGGGAUGAUGCUAUGAAGAACAAUAUUAAUGCAGAUUCUAUGAUGAAUAAUUUGGUCACUUGGGUACAAAGAAAGGAAUCAUUCCUUUAUGACUAUUCGUUACAUUACCAUGUGCACAACUUGACUACAAAGGCUUUGUUGCAAUUAAUUGGGGAGUUUAGAAGAAUGAACUCGAAGGUUAUUUUUGCUAACAGGAAUAAAAUGUUGAUUCAGACCACAAAGGUAUCAGUGGAGAAUUCAUAUGCAUAUGGUCAGUAUAUUUUGAAAGCUGCGAGAUCCAAGCCUUUAUUCAAUUACUUGGACUUGAGGAUUGUUAAAUAUUGGGACAUUUUGAUCUGGAUGGACGAAUUUAACUUUGGCGGUAGAUACUGUUCCGCCAUCACCAAUGAUGAAAUCCAGAACCUUAUUCCAAUGAAUUCAUGGCAAAUUAAGCAAUUCCUUCCUUCUGUUUUCCAAAACGAGUUUGAGGAUUGGUUAAUUAUAUUCUUGGAUGCAUUGACCAAAUACAAGAGUGAAAACCUUACUGGUACUCAAUCAGCCACUCCUAGAGUCACUCAAAUAGCACAUAUUUUGAAGGGACAGAAGAAGAUCGAUUCUGGCGAAUUGGAAGAAGAAGACUAUAAUAGUGGAGUGAUCGAGAUGUUCCGGAAACCACUCCAAAAGCGCGUUCAAAAAUUGUAUUCGCGUCAAAAUGAGGCAAUUCUCAAUCCCAACUUUGCUCAAGAGUACGAAUUUCCUAUUCGUCCAGGCUCCCAUCUCCACUUAAAGAACCCAAUGCUUGAGCUUGUUAAAUUUUUGUGUGCAAUCUUUAGUCUUUCUAACAAGAGAACCAUUGAAGUAAGGUUGCUCAGGAAGGAAUUAUUGUCUAUUUUUGAAAUCAAGGAGUUCAGCAGUGAAGGAGCAUUCAAAAAUCCUAGUACCACCUUGAAGAUCCCUCAUGUUAUCUGUGACUACUGUAAUUUCAUCAGAGAUAUCGACUUUUGCCGUGAUAAUGAGGCAUCGAUUUGGAACUGCACAAAUUGCAACAAACCACACAAUAAAAUAGCUCUCGAGGAAGACUUAAUCGGGCAGUACCAUAAAACAUUGACCAGUUAUUUGACUCAGGAUUACAGGUGUGACAAGUGCAACCAAAUUCGGGGAACCAACAUGAGUCAGUACUGUAAAUGUUCGGGCCACUGGGCGGAAACUAUUAAAUAUGAAGACAUCGAGAGAAAACUCGAGGUUUUUGGAGGGGUAUCGAAGUUCUAUAACUUGCAGUUGUUAAGAGGAGUAAUUGAAGAAAGCGAGGGAACUAGUUGA